GCAAUUUAGUUCAGCUUGCACUUAAUCGGCUCGAUAUCAUUCUGCAGUUCUUGGCAGCAUGAGCGGAAAGCGCCCUCCUCCGGACCCGAUUGCCGUCCUCCGCGGCCACCGAUCCUCAGUCAUGGACGCAUGCUUCCAUCCCUCCCACCCUCUUCUUUUCACAGGUGCGACUGAUGGUGAGCUCAGAGUUUGGGAUACGGUGCAGCACAGAACGCUUUCUUCUACGUGGGCUCAUGGCGGUGCUGCCGGUGUGUAUUGUGUGGCGACGAGUGCGUCUCUAGGAAAUAGGGUCGUGAGUCAGGGCAGAGAUGGCACUUGUAAAUGCUGGGAGAUUGAAGAAGGUGGCCUCUCCAGAAAGCCCUUAAUAUCAUUUAGGACGAGCGCGUAUCAUUUUUGUAAGCUUUCAUUGGUGAAGACUUUGACUUGUGUUGCACCAACCUGCCAAACUUCUCGUUAUAAGCCAGCAUUUGAUGGAGCUGAGCCUGACAUCAAUUGCGAUCUACAAGAAUCUGUUAAUAGAUUCUGCGGAGAAGAAUCUGUUCAAGGUUCAGACUGCUUGGUCACUAAUGGGCCAGUGCUGAUGGCCUCAGCAGGAGAAGCAAACCAGGUUGAACUUUGGGAUCUAAAUGAGGCUAAAAGGAUAAUGUGCUUGCCACAUAUUUCUAGUUCAGGUUUCAUAGGAAACUCAGCAAAGCAAAGAGGACUAUGUAUGGCUGUGCAGGCUUUUGUUCCAUCUGAAUCACAAGGCUUUCUGAAUGUUGUUUCUGGAUAUGAAGAUGGCAGCAUGCUUUUGUGGGACACUCGAAAGUCAGAUGCUCCAUUAUGUAAUGUGAAAUAUCAUUCUGAAGCUGUUUUAAGCGUGACAGUUGACGCCUUCUGCAAUGGAGGCAUGUCUGGAUCAGCAGAUAACAAAAUUAUAAUAUUUAAACUGGACCAUAGAACGGGUUCUGUUUCUGUCAAGAAAGAAAUAGCUCUGGAUCGAGCUGGAAUAUCAGGCACUACCGUUCGCGCAGAUUGCAAAAUUGCAGCAACAGCUGGAUGGGAUCACCGAGUCCGAGUUUAUAACUAUCGCAAGGGGAGUCCUCUUGCCGUGUUGAAAUAUCACAGUGCUUCGUGUAAUGCAGUUGCAUUCUCGCCUGACUCCAAGCUUAUGGUCUCUUGUUCUGAAGACACAUCAGCAGCACUCUGGGAGUUGUAUCCACCGCAAGCUUAACAUAUAUUUCCAUCUAACCAUUGUGCGAGUAACUUAAGGUAAUUUUUGCUUGCUCUCUUACCUAGUUAACCUCCUGAAACUAGUUAAUCUUUGCUCUCUCUCUCUCUCUCUCUAAUCUCCCGGAACUUUCUCGCACGUAACGGCUUUACGAUCAUGUAUAUAGUCCAUCGCGCAACUAUAAAUCAUACAAUUGUCUUAAUGUUUUGAUUAUGCUUGUUUGCUUCGACCCAUUCAUGUUUGCAUUCUGAUCCUAAAUUUUUUACUAAAAA